CCGUUACGCACUGACGUCACUUCCGGCGCGCGGCCGGUGCGAAGAUGUCGGCGGGUAGGCGGUUGCUGUGGAGCUGCUGCUCCCUCCUCAGACAGCGCUUCCCUGUUUUGGCCUCUGUUAGGAGACGCUGCCCCUCAGGCAUGACCGGACGAUGGCACCACAUGGUGGGCGUUGGGCUGGGAGUGGCCCUGUGUGCAGUCCCAGUCGUGGAGAAACAGAACUCGAUUUCUCUCAGUAACGAUGCCUUGAUUAAAAGAGCAGUUUCCUUGGUAACAGACAGUACUUCUACACUCCUCUCUCAAACAACAUACGCAUUGAUCGAAGCAUUGACGGAGUAUACAAAGGCAGUUUAUACGCUGGUGUCUCUCUACAAGCAGUACGCAAAUCUUCUUGGGAAAAUGAAUUCGGAAGAGGUGGAUGCAGUCUGGCAGGUGGUAAUAGGAGCCAGAGUUGAUAUGACAACGAAACAGCAGGAGUACCUCAGGCUGGAAUCCAGCUGGAUGACAGCGUUGCGUCUUUCAGAGAUGGCAGCAGAAGCUGCAUAUCAGUCAGGUGCAGACCAGGCCUCGGUGACCGCCCGCAGUCACAUUCAGCUUGUGAAGUCACAGGUGCAAGAAGUGCGACAGCUUUCCCAGAAAGCAGAGACCAAGUUAGCUGAAGCUCAAACAGAAGAGCUCAUAAAGGCUCAGGGAGAGGAGUCUUCAUUGCCACAGGGUAUUUUAGGAAGUACAGAGGCGGGUGAGGACCCCUACCUUCGAGAGGACUGAAAAGAACUUCAGUGUCACAGCAGAAUAUGUGCAAGUCAAUCAUGAAUUGAAGGGUCUCAGACUGUGGGAUAGUAGGAAACUGCUGAAAUAAGGCUAUAAUUUCAUUUUCUUCUCUCCCCAAAAGGAUUGCUUUACAAAUCACAUCAAUUCCAAGCGUCUGAAAGGCCCUGAUCUUGUUUGUAACUUAUGUUUGUAAUACUUAUGGAUUCAGUUAUUUAAAUGUUUAACUAUGCAAAUGCGAAAACUGCUAUCAAGGAUAGCUUGUUAAUUGUCUCUCUGCUGGGAGGGUCCUACCACUUGUUUGAUACAUUGGUGAGGGCACUCUAAAAAUAGAGGCUUCCUAGGUAUCAGCCAAAGAAGUGUAGUGAAAAGUCACUGUUUUUAACCUGUGAAGUAAAUUAUGUCUGUGUUAAAGUGUGCACAAGCAUCUCUUGUAGGUGUGCCCAUUCAGGUAAGAGAUUAAGGGCUGUUAUCUAUUAAACUGAAAAGGUUGUAACAGAGACAAGGCUGACGGCUGCAUCAAAUAAUGGCGAAUUGCACACAGGAAACAUCUGCUGUAGAGCUGAACACUUGCUAUGGAGUUCCCCAGGCUGUUCUUAGUGAAGUUUUGCAGUGCGGUACAGCAGCCUCUUCCACCCAAGAGUCACCGCAUCUUGUACCGCAUCGGCCUUCCCCAGGAAGCAAAGGGAGAAUUGAUUUUCAAGAUACUGUGGCUAUAAACAAAGUUACUGUGGCAACUGCCAUGUAUUUCUUCAGAAAGCAGUGAGCAAAAGUGAGUUUUAUGUAUUUGAAUGCUUUCCAGCACAAGUUUCGGGAAAAUAAUCUUAACUCUCUCUUUUUACAAGCCUAAUGAUUCACCGCAGGCCUGAAAACCGCAGGUGUCUUUUCACUGUGUUCAUUUUCUAACUUGUCAGCUCCACAUGAAAUUCGCAGUGGUGAACUGCAUAGACGGUGUGAAGUUAAGCUGAGAUUGCUUUGCACAAGAACAUCCACUAGAACUUCAUCACUGCUGAUUUGAGUCAGUUAAUUUAUCAGGUGGUAUAAGAAAACACACACAGGUUUUUCACCACAGUUUAGCAUCUGAUGCACCAUUACUCUCCAGGUUCCUGGUACUGAGUUGUGCUUGACUAGGAAUUUUCUCAGGUGUAGCACGGGCCUUUCUCUCUGAUCUCACCUGCCUUCUGAGCAAAUGCAAUCUCAGCUGUGCAGCACUGUAUAUCUAUAGAUUACAUAGUAAAGAAACGCACAAACCGCCUUUCCUUGCUCCUGCUCCUCGCUGGGUGCUGCUGUAGCCCCGGAGGGUGGUACAGGCUGGAGUUAAAGCUCCCAGGAAGACAACUCUGCGGUGCCAGUGGUCAGACAGAGGUCCCAAACAGGGCUUUGGAAAAACCCAGCUGUCACGAGGGGAUUAUCUGUAGCAGUGGUGCAACCACACCCUCCAGAACCAAAUGCAACUUCAGGUCAGCCUCUAACCACAACUGCUCCAAUUUUUUUCAGUGCUGCAGUUUAAGAACUUCUGCCAAGCCACUGACCCAAAUGCAUGUACAGGUUGUGUUCUUUUCAGGAUGCCACAGAAACAACUGGGAUGCAUGACAGAGAUGCGGCUCAGGACAGAUGAGCACUGCCACAGAGUCUACAAAGCAGCCCAUUCUUCCCCUUUCAGAGCCUGCUCCCAGCAACUUUGUUGCCCACUUCCUGUUUCGCUAUAUGCCCUGCUUUUACUUCCCAUGACAUAGGCUGUACCAGGCAAGUCGAAUCUUCAGACGUGAACAGGAACCUACUCAUCAGUUCAGCCAAGUCACAGUGAGGAGCACCGAGUGGCUCCACAUCACCCUCAAAACGAGGUGGAACCCCUCCCCACCUUUAUUAAGAAGUGAGAGUUUCCUAAUUGGGGGUUGCCCGUACACCUGAAUCCACAACAGACAUGACAUCAUGCUCUACUUCCUGAGUUUGCAUUUGGAACCAUGUCGUGGAUCAGAAAAAUGCUGCCACAGCAAGUUCCCAGGGUGCCACAGUUCUCGCUCUGUCCUGUUUCUUCUCUAGAACACCCAGCGGUGCCCAGGAAACAGCACCCAGAAAUGAGGAGCUGCUGCUGGUACUCAGCCUUGUUUACAAAGCCAUCAGUGAAACUACGUAGACAAUUUCUCAGGUACAGCUAAUUCAGCUUAUUUAAUCCCUUGUGAGGGCUGCAGGGAGAAGGCAGGAGCAGCUCACACACCACCACGCUGAGGAUGGCCACGCACAGGGACUCGCCCCUUGGAAGAGCAGUUUUUUAGGCAAACACACACCUGUCCGCAUCUGAAUUGUUAACAGCUCACAUGA